AUGUCGACUCAAAAAAUCGAUCUUACGAAGCUUAACCCCGAGCAGCUUGCAGUUGUGAAAAGACAGUUUGAUCAAGAGCUUCAACAUUUUACUCAAUCGCUUCAGGCUCUUAAUGUGGCACGGACUAAGUUCAAAGAGUGCAAGGACGACAUUGAGUCUGUCUCCAAGCUAAACAAUGAAGACCAGGCUAUUCUUGUUCCUCUCUCCGGCUCUCUGUACGUGAAGGGUAAAGUCAAGGACAACAAGAAAUUUCUUGUGGACGUCGGGACAGGAUACUACGUCGAGAAGAGUGACAAAGACGCUCUCGAGUUCUACGAAAAGAAAAUCACAAAGCUCAAUAAAGAGUCUGUCCAAAUACAGGCCAUUAUCAAAGAAAAGAGUCAAUCCUCCAUGGCAAUCGAAGGCCAUAUAAGACAAGCCGCUAUUAAGCUUCAUGAACAAAAUGCAGCUCAACAGUCCCAGAGCGCCCAGUAG